CAACUAUAAACAGAGCAUACCAGUAAUAUGUUCAUACUAUCAUGUUCCCAUUUCAAAGAGAAACGAAGCUCUGUAUGGAAUAAACAUGAAGCUAAUGAGUAUAGCUGCAGUAGCGAGCAUACUGGUUUUGUUGGCUUGCGCGCCAUGGUGCGUAUACUCGCAGGAGCGGUUCCUUGUGCGGAUGACUCUGGUUCGAAACGCUCCUGCUCUUGGUGCCUUUUGCUUAGAUGGGAGCCUGCCAGCGUAUCAUCUACACAGAGGAUUCGACAAUGGAGCAAACAAUUGGAUUUUGUACUUUGAGGGAGGUGGGUGGUGCGGCGACAUAAAACAAUGCUUGGGCAGAGCCAAAACGGGCCUCGGAUCAACAAAUCACAUGAACAAGUGGGCAAUUUUUUCCGGUAUCUUAAGUAACAACGCCUCCCUCAAUCCAGAUUUUUACAAUUGGAACCGAGUGAGGCUGAGAUAUUGUGAUGGAGCCUCAUUUGCAGGAGAUGGCAAGUUUGCUAACGGGACAUCGUUGCUUUACUUCAGAGGGCAAAAAAUAUGGGAAGCAAUCAUUCUUGAUCUUCUACCCCAAGGCUUGGCAAAUGCACAUAUGGCUUUGCUAGCAGGUUGCUCAGCUGGGGGUCUAGCGACCUUUCUGCAUUGUGACAACUUCACCAGGAUGUUACCGAAUGCUAGUGUGAAAUGCUUGAGUGAUGCUGGUUUUCUCCUGGACGAAAGAGAUGUAAGUUUGAACCACACCAUAAGGUCUAUCUUUGAAGAUAUAGUUUCUCUUCAGGGAGUAGAGCAAAAUCUUGAUCACAAAUGCACCAAGUCCAUGAACCAUCCUAAGCUGUGCUUCUUUCCACACUAUGCCUUGAAAUAUAUCACAACUCCAUUUUUUGUCUUGAACUCUGCUUACGACGUAGUCCAAUUUCAUCGUUUUUUGGUGCCAUCUUCUGCUGAUGUUGAAGGAAAAUGGAAAAACUGCAAGCAUGAUCCAGCAGCAUGCAGUGCGGAUCAGAUAGCCAUAUUGCAAGGUUUCAGGCGUGACAUGCUUGAAGCAUUGAAUUUCUUUCUUAAAGAUUCAAAAAGCGGGGGAACUUUCAUAAAUUCAUGCUUUGCCCAUUGCCAAAGUGAUGCACAAGAAUCAUGGUUUGCCGUUGAUUCUCCAAGAAUACGCAAUAAGACCAUUGCUGAAACAGUUGGUGAUUGGUACUUCACCAGAGGAGAAGCAAAGGAGAUUGAUUGUGAAUAUCCUUGUGACACAAACUGCCACACCCUAACACCAGUGCAUCAGGUUCCGGAUUGUGCAAAAUGUGGUUCAGUUGGCAACAAAACCUUGACUUCCAAAGCUGGCUCCCAUGACAGGAUUUGGAGCAAAUACUCACCGAUCUUAGUGGUUUUGCUGUUACCAUGAUGCCUUUGAUUUUAUAUUGUUAUUCCUUGACCCUCUUACAGGAAUAGAAAAGUUGAUUCAAUAAGUGAUUUUAGUAUCUGGCAUUUUUAUGGAGAAUAAGUUCAUUGUUAUGUAACUACUUUUCACAAAAAAAAAGUUCAUUGUUAUGUAACCAAAAGUGAACAGAGAAGAAUCAAAAUAUCUUUUCCUAUC